GUCUUUUUUAUUCAAGGAAAGAGAAACGGAUAGUGGAAAUCGAGGGGCUAGGAGUUGACACGUGUACAUGAUGAGCUAAAGGAGCCAAUCCGUCCGUCCCUUACUAUUCAAUAUUCAUUCUAUACAAGUUUGGACCCACUCUCGCCAUCUUCGCGCUGUCCGUUAUCAGGUGCUCCCGGUGCGUUCGCCUGGAGGUCAGUCGGAGCUGGACCCUUCUUUUCCCGCGUAAAAAAACGUACUCUCCGUCGACGACGGUUGGCGGCGGCGUUUCACCGGAACGCCACUCGUGUCCUUUUACGCUGCACUCUUGAGCUAGCAGUUAUACGAAACUCAUUUGGAGAACUACUUCUUGACUGCAAUGUCUGUCAUAAGCCAUCGUUAUAUUCUCCUCUUUGGCAUCUCUUUGGUUAUCAUCAUUACAAUAUGUAGUUUUGGACUUCAAUGGAGGGAGACAGGGAAGUUUUUGCACAAACCCCAGGGAGAUAUAAACAACAGAACCGCAAAUGUUAAACUUGAUAAGGCAUAUAAAAGCCACAGAAAAAUUCUAGUACAUGGCACUUGCACGAUCAAGGAUAUAAGCAUUUCACAGAGCACAUAUUCAACAAAUGGGAUUCCACAGUUUGUAGUUGAGAUAGUUAACACGUGUUUUUCCGGUUGUGCUCCUUCCAAUAUUCACCUCCACUGUGAUUGGUUUGCCUCUGCAAGAAUAGUAAGUCCAAAUACAUUUAAGAGGCUGUCUUAUGAUGACUGCUUGGUUAAUGAAGGGAAGCCUUUGAAGACCAGCCAGAUGAUCAGAUUCACCUACUCAAACACGUUUAAAUACCCUCUCGCCUUCAAGUCUGCCAUGUUUUGCUGAUUGAUUGAAUUUCACCAUGAAACUCAUAGGUAGAGUUCUAACAUCCAAGUAGGAUAGUUCAAUUUUGGUGUCAAGUUGCAACAAUACUCCCUUUUGGUCUUUUGGGAUGACACAACUGAUGCUGAGGUUAUUGUCAAACCCCAAAUACUUGCACCCGAGGUGGAGCGACUACUUAAAAGUUUCUCCAAAUUCUCACUUUUGCUGAUAAAUCUAGCUGUGGAUGCCUUAGGUAAGUGAACCUUCCUAUAUGUCUGGACUUGAUGGAACCUUAGACUCUUAGAGUCAAAAGCUGUUAUAUAGAAUACUACUAGUGCAAGGUGGGCAUGCCAGUGUUUCAUUUUUGUAGACUAGAAAGUAUGUGCUCAUUAUCAUGCAUAGUGUUUUUUUGUGGCAUUUCUUUCUCUCCAACAAUUUUACAUGAUGUGAGGAAAGAAAAUGAACAAUGAAGCUUUUGUUGCUCACUUCCAUUUGGAAUUGAAAAUUUGCUUUGCACUGUUGAUAAAUCACAGCCAGAUUGCUUAUUUGAGGAUAAAAUUUUGAAUCAGGCCUUAUAUUAAAUAAUACCAAUACCCCUCUGAUCCCUUUAGAUAGUUGGUACAAGAUUGCAGCCUCACAUGACACAUGAUUUAAAUUUUAAACAAAAAAUUAUAUAAUUUCAAGAAAAACUUCAUUUUUUUUUGGAUAUAUCAACCGGUGUCACCAUACUGUGUGAAAUCAAUUUGAAUUCAGUUUGUAUGGUCUUACAGAGUUUGAUUGUAUCGAUUUAGCACUUCAUUGAAUUCAUAAACCAAAAUAUUUUAGUGAUUAGUUAAAUGAGAGCCUCAUUGCAUUGAAGAUUCCAACUUGCUUUUGGUAGCAUAAUGACAACUUUCACAUGAUUAAAAAUAGAACAAAUCAUAAAAGAUACUAUCAUGUUUGUCAUUUUCCUAGGACUAUUAUUCUUUCCCUGGGCAGCAGCAUCUUCACCCUCUUGCUUAAUCCUUAACCUCUCCACCAACAACCAACAUUUUCAUCUCAUUCCUGGUAUCAACAAACCAUGUCUAAAACCCUCCUCACUCUUGCCUCUCACUCUCUCUUCCCCCUUCUUGCCCUCCCUGCUCUCUUCUGGGCUCUCAACAGGCACAAGCCCAGGCAAACCAAGCUUGUGUUCUAUGUCCAUGAUUACCUCUCUGGUGAAAACACAUCAGCAAUCUCAGUGGCAGGAAGGGAUGGGCCCAAAACCAGUGUCCUCCAAUUUGGGACCAUAACUGCAGUGGAUGAUCCAGUUACAGAGGGCCCAGAUCCAAAGUCCAAGGAGAUUGGUAGGGCCCAAGGCCUUUACAUAAACUCUCAGCUGGAUGGGAAAGGUCUGCACUUAGUUUUCUCAGUGAUCUUCACAGAAGGGGAGUAUAAAGGCAGCAGCUUGGAGAUUCAAGGGGCAGAUAUUUUUAACAUGAAGGAGAGAGAGUUUUCUGUGGUCUCAGGGACUGGGUUUUUUAGGUUUGUGAAGGGGUUUGGGAUUAUGACCACUGAGUUCAUGGACAUACCUAACUUGAAAGCUAUUCUCAAGCUUGAUAUCACAGUCAGGCAUUACUAAUAAAUGGUAUAUGUAAUAUGUGGCAUCUCAUCAUCUUUAGUUUGCUUCAUCUUUUAUAGUUCUAAUGUUGUAAUCAAAGAGUUAUUUUGUAAUGUCUGAUGUUUGGUCCAUUCCACUUAGUUCCACUGUCCUACCUCAAUGCAUGCUAGCUACCUAAGCCACUACUGAUUUUAGGCAAAAUCUCCAAGUAUUCAUGUGAUUGGUCAGGAUUUU